CAACUUUUCCAAUUUUGCUACAUGAUUACCAGAACCUUGAACUAAUUCGACAAUUCCCUUACACCAUUCACGCAUCGUUCGAGCCACCGCAUUCGUUUCAUCUUGCGUGCUUUCCAUGGCAGGGACCGGCGAAGGCGACAAAUCAUAAUCAAGUCUUUCUCAAUUGCACGUCUGUAUUCAACAAAUUCGUGUUUAAUAAUUCGGCAAUCCUAAAAUCCGAGUGCAUCUCUCGAACCGAAGAAAAAUCGACCAUUUAUUUUCCGACCAGUGUACCCGUCUUGUUGAUUGCGCGCACCCGUCAGCAAUCCGUACGACUCGAGGUGUCGCGAUCGAUCACCCUUCUUUUUGUUGCAAUCAAUCAUGCCGGACGUGAAGUCCCUUUCUACCAGCGGAGAUCAAGGAGCUAGGGAAGAGGCGGUGCCAGCAACUCAGCCUGUCAGCGACGUCGAGAUGGAAGAUUUAUCCAAGACCGAACCCAAACCUACCAACACAGAGGUCAAUGCAGACGUCUCAAAUACCGAAGAUCAAGACACCGAAGCUGCGCUCACUCCAAUACCUGUACCAGACAAGGACCCUCCAGUCGGGGAGUCAGCUACAUCAAAAGCCCGUGGCAAGGCUCCCGCUAGCGGUGAUGACGACCAUGAGCUCACGAUAGAUCCCGUCGAUCCUGCAAGCAAUCCUGCUGAAAGCGGUGAUCUCGCAGUUGAUAUUAUGCUUCUCUUAACCUCCGGUGCGCGCCAUCCAUUUCGGAUCGACGAAAAAUAUUUAUCGAAACGCAAUGUGACUGUGACGGGCAAGACGGAGGAUGGCAAGAUGGAUCCAUUCAGCAUCACAGUCUACACACUUAAAGAAUUGAUACUAAGAGAUUGGAGGAAAGAAUGGGACCAUCCACCGAGGGAACCUAGUGCCAUAAGACUCAUUCACUUUGGCAAAAUGCUUGAAGAUCGCAAUCAACUUAAUCAUUACCAUUUCAGUGUCCAACGAAACGUCGUCCAUAUGACUAUCAAACCCCAGGACCUGAUAGACGAGGAAGAGGCAGCCAAGAAGGUCAAGGAUGCCGGGAGUCAUCGUGGCCGUAGCGGAUGCUGCGUUAUCUUAUGAUCUGGUCCUCUUUAGCAUCUCCUGCUACUUGACAAGCGAACUAUUUUUCGAUGCGGCGGCAUCACAUCCUGUUCUAGAACCGCCCGAAUGACUUGGGGGAAAUAUAGGCAAGACGGGCAAUUGGCAUCUAUGUGUGGAAAUGAUUGCGGAUUCUGGGCAUAGGGCGGCGUGAUAGGUCUUGAUUUUUUUCCUUUAAGC